ACCCAGGAGGCUCAGUGCAUCUGGAAGAGGAAGAGUAAAACAGCAAGAUCAUGGAUGAUAUCUUCACGCAGUGCCGGGAAGGCAAUGCAGUAGCAGUGCGCUUGUGGUUGGACAACACAGAGAAUGACCUCAAUCAAGGGGAUGACCAUGGUUUCAGCCCUCUCCACUGGGCAUGCAGGGAGGGCCGCUCCAGCGUGGUAGACAUGCUCAUCAUGAGAGGGGCUCGCAUCAACGUCAUGAACCGUGGCGAUGACACACCCCUGCACUUGGCCUCCAGCCAUGGCCAUCGAGACAUUGUGGGCAAGCUGAUCCAAUGUAAAGCAGACACAAACACUGCCAACGAACACGGCAACACACCCCUGCAUUAUGCUUGCUUCUGGGGCCAAGACCAAGUGGCUGAGGACCUUGUAACUAAUGGGGCUCAGGUGAGCAUCUGUAAUAAAUAUGGAGAAACUCCGCUGGAUAAAGCCAAACCUCAUUUGCGAGAACUCCUCAAAGAAAAAGCAGAGAAAUUGGGACAAAACUUGACUAAAGUUCCCUUCAAGGAUACCUUCUGGAAAGGCACGACGAGAACUCGACCUCGAAAUGGCACUCUGAACAAACAUGCAGGCGUUGACUACAAACAGUUGUCCCUCUUAGCAAAGAUAAAUGAAAACCAAUCUGGAGAACUUUGGCAAGGGCGCUGGCAAGGCAAUGAAAUUGUUGUUAAAGUGCUCAAGGUUCGUGAUUGGACCACACGGAAGAGCAGAGACUUCAACGAGGAGUAUCCCAAACUCAGGAUAUUUUCCCACCCGAAUGUCCUACCCAUGUUGGGAGCAUGUCAAUCUCCUCCUGCCCCUCACCCCAUCAUCAUCACACACUGGAUGCCCUAUGGCUCCCUCUACAACGUGCUACAUGAGGGCACCAACUUUGUGGUGGACCAGACGCAGGCGGUGAAGUUUGCCCUGGACAUUGCCAGUGGGAUGGCCUUCCUGCACACACUUGAACCCAUGAUUCCUCGUCAUUACCUUAACAGCAAGAGUGUUAUGAUAGACGAGGACAUGACAGCCAGGAUCAGCAUGUCAGAUGUUAAAUUCUCCUUCCAGUGUCCAGGCAGGAUGUACUCUCCUGCAUGGGUAGCCCCUGAAGCCCUGCAGAAGAAACCCGAAGAGAUAAAUCGUCGAUCAGCAGACAUGUGGAGCUUUUCUGUGUUGCUGUGGGAGUUGGUGACCAGAGAAGUGCCUUUUGCCGACUUGUCUAACAUGGAGAUUGGCAUGAAGGUUGCCUUAGAGGGUUUGAGACCCACUAUCCCCCCAGGCAUCUCACCUCACAUCUGCAAACUCAUGAAGAUAUGCAUGAAUGAAGACCCAGCAAAGAGGCCUAAAUUUGAUAUGAUUGUGCCAAUUCUAGAAAAAAUGCAGGACAAGUGAAAAACCUCCUUUUGUCCUUCUUUUGGAGGAACCCAUUGAAACCCCAGA